ACCAGACGACAAAUCAUGAUUAAGAUGAUUCUUAAGUUGACACUGUUGACGUUUCUGUUGGUGAGCACAGCGGCUGCAGGUUCCUCACGGAAUUCGAAAUGUGCAGAUGGAACGCAAGGCUUCGCUGACGUAACCCGCUGCAUAUGGUGCACGUGCACGGGGAAUGGAUACUUUGAUUGUCGCAACCUGUGUGAUGCCAGAUUUCCGUUUGCCAAAGCUCCCAUAUCAAACGUGUUAAGUUUUUUAAGACGGCGUUAUGAUACACCCCCGCCACUAACUACCACCACAAAAGGUACCACAAACUCACCACCACCUUACACGACACGGACACCACCACACCCAGGGACAACGAACGGCCCAACAGCGCCCACAACUACCGACGUCAACCACCACACUCGGUCGCCACCGCCACCAAAAUCAGUGGUUGGAUAAACAAUUGUGAUUUUUUUGUGAAUUGUUUUAAUGAAAUGUUGUUUUAAAAAAUGUUGAUAAAACAGAAUUGAUCU